AUGUCCAGUCCAAAUUACAGACACAGUGAGCAGUACUGUCUCAUACUAGAGAACCUGGAUGUGUUUGGGUUUGUGUCCAUUGUAAAUGAAAUAGCCUUGAAUAACAGAAUCUUUCCUGGUUGCAACAAGGACAAUGUCCGAGCAGGCUGCAAAAAAUGUGGCUACCCUGGUCAUCUGACUUUUGAGUGCCGCAAUUUACUCCGGGUUGACCCCAAAAGGGACAUUGUGUUGGACGUCAGUAGCACAAGCAGUGAGGACAGCGAUGAAGAAAAUGAAGAACUGAACAAAUUGCAGGCUCUGCAAGAGAAAAGAAUAAAUGAAGAAGAGGAGAAGAAAAAGGAAAAAAGCAAGGAGAAAAUUAAAUUAAAGAAAAAGAGGAAAAGGUCUUAUUCCAGCUCCACCGAAGAGGACUCUUCAAAACAAAAGAAACAGAAGUAUCAGAAAAAAGAAAAGAAGAACAAAUCAAAAAAAGGAAAACAUCACAAAAAAGAAAAAAAGAAGAGAAAAAAGGAAAAACGUUCUUCCCCUAACCGUUCUGAAUUCACCAAAAAGUAA